AUGCCGCCGGACGUCUACAAUUUGCUGCUGAGUUUGGUAUGGAAAUCCUUGAAGAAGCCAUGGCAGCGGAUUGGAGGAGCCGAGGAAAGGCUCUCGUUGGUAUUACUCUAUUUGUCACAAGGCGUGUCGGUGAAGAACAUUGCAUGGAGCUAUACGUUAGGAAAGUCAAAAGUACGCGAAAUCAUAUUAGAGACGUGUGAAGUAAUCUGGCAGCUGCUUUUCCCAAUUUAUGUAAGCGAACCAACAGAGUCUCAAUACAAGGACAUUGCAAAAGAUUUUUAUAGUAUGUGGAACAUUCCGAAUUGUGUCGGUGCAAUUGAUGGUAAGCACGUUGCCAUUAAGUACCCGGCCAAUUCCAAUUCGAUGUUUUACAACUAUAAAAAAUGGCUGUAUGUGAUGCGGAAUAUACGUUCACAGUAGUUAGUAUUGGAAACUAUGGAAGUCAAAGUGACGGAGGUACUGUACAUUAAAUUGUUUAACAUUAAAUCCGUAGUAUAAUGCAUUUCUGUUAUUAUUUAUGCACAAAUCUUUCGACUUACUCCAUUUGGCCAUGCACUAAUACAAAACACUCUGCCUUUGACACUACCUGUGCCACUGUCUGACGUUUCACCGGAACCUUUUCCUUACUUUUUCGUUGGAGAUGCUGCAUUCCCAUUACGAAAUAAUUCAAUGCGCCCGUUUCCCGGAGCUUAUCUAACACACACGAAACGUGUUUUCAAUUAUCGAUUGUCACACGCUCGUUGAGUCAUAGAAAAUUCCUUUGGUAUAUUGACUGCUCGGUGGAGAAUUUUGAAAACAACGAUUGAAUGUAAUCCAGAAAAUUGUGAAAAAAUUGUGUUGGUUUGCAUAGAAUGAUCACAAUCGCUGGUAUUGUCCGGAGAACUAUGUAGAUCGAGUGGAAGGUCAUAACAUUGUUCAUGCCGGUGAGUGGCGCUGGGAAAAUGAAAACAACACUUUACGACCAAUGCGAACUUCGGUGCGUAGAGGUCCUUCAAAUUCGUUUAACUUAAGGAGAGACUUACUAACUAUUUUAUAAAUGAAGGAUCUGUACCAUUCCAGAGCAAUUUAGACUCUAUUACAGGAGGACCAUAUGCUCCUGGAGGACCUUAUUAGAAAUAAAUACCAUUUUUUUU